CCUGUUUACCAUUUAUAUAGCCUGGACAAUGCACUUUUGUACUUAGUCGAGCACUUGCCUUUGAAAGAACACAUCCAUAAUGGACAUAUUAUUUAUAAAAUUAAAUGUGUGCUCAGAUUUGAUUGGAAAGGGUGCCAUAGGGAAUAUAGCCUGGUUAAAUAAAUUCUGUGCAGCAUUUCACGAGUUUGCCAGCAAAUUUAAAAUGCAUCUGCCAGAUGUGGCGCCCAAAGAUGACAUGGAGGGUAAAAUUAGAAUACAUGUGGAGACAUUAUUUCUGUGUUUUAUCCAAGUGGUCACCUGCAUCACACAGCUGGAGCGGACGAUCAAUAUGGAGAACACGCUGGGCAAAAGAGUUAAACUGCGACUGACUCGGACACACUUCGUUGAUCGGAUCGAGUGGUGUUUGCGACGAUUGCAGGCAUCGCUUUAUCAUCUCUCCGAGGAGGCAAUCGCCAGCAGUGGCGUCAAGCUGGAGGAUUUAUCUUUUGUGGAAGUCUUGGACGUGGCUCUCGAUAAAUUGGAAACCUUUAACGAAAUAGUGCACGAUGUGGACACAGAAAGCCGUUUGGACAGUGAGAAUCCCCAGUUGUGCAUUGAAGUGAAUCAUAUUGUGAGGCAUGCCUUGGCCUUUGCAAAUGUCGCCCUGGAAUCGGAUAAAAAAGCUAUGACGGUUAUUUGUGAGACUGUUUUAGAUGAAUGUUCCGUCUUUGAGCAUAACUUUGAUCACCAUAAUCUUGGUGAGCGCAAAUUGGAAGCUUUAUCGAUACAACGUGCCUUGUAUUCCCUAGAGACAUAUCUAAAUGAAGCUCUUUUGCGCUUGAUCUUCACAAGCUUCAGCGAUGCGGACGAAAUAUCCGUAAACAGACUGAAGAACGUAUUGCAAAAAUGUGAAAUUUCGAAAGAUGUAGAGAAACGUAUAUGUGAUUUUGAUAUCAAUAUGGAUCGCAUUCAACAGAUUGGUGUAUUUGCCAUAGCUUUCGCAUCGGAUGUUAAGACAAAAACAAUUAUACGAAGUUGUUUGGCCUCAUUGGAAUCCCUCGAUUCGUGCAUUGUGCCCGCAUUUCAACUCCAGACAUCGACGUCGGCUUCAUAUCAUGCCAAUAUUUUAGAGCAUCACUUCAAGGAGGAACUUAUGGUUUUUCGGAAUGUUAUUCAUGAAAUUAUCAACAGUCGAGCGCUGAUUGACAUCUAUUUGGAUAUGCUAGCUGAGAGUAUUGAUGGUGCAGAGAAACUCUACCAGAAGCAACGUUUGUUGCAAGUUGCCCAAAUGGGAAAUGUUCUCUUUCAGCACUUUCAUCUUAAGGUAAAUUAUCAGGAAUUGUGCGCUGAUGAAUGUGGCAAGCGUUUGCAUCAGGAUUUCGUUGUAAUUUUGGGCGAAUGUCAGGCUAUACUCGAACUUACGGUUCCAGUCGAUCCCAAACGAGUUUUAAAGCGCUUCAAAAUUUUAUAUUCAGUUUUAGCAAAAUUACGUGAUGUUUGUGGAGGAACAAACAUUCGUUAA